AUGUUCGCGGCCAUAGUAUUUGCCGGGGUUCUUUUCCUCAUUUACAACGUUGCCGGUGUGAUUUGGAACCUUUUCCUACAUCCUUUACAUCACAUCCCAGGACCCAAGACAUGGAUUGCCUUCCCCCUUUUGCGCAGGCUAUCGGAAGUCAGGGGGCUGCUGGAGCGGGAUCUUCGUGCCUUUCACGCGACAUACGGUGAAGCCGUCCGCUACGGACCGGCAGAAGUCUCGUUUAUCACCGCACAAGCUUGGAAGGACAUCUACGGCCACGGCCAUCAACAAUUUCAGAAGGUCCUCAACUCCGCCAGCAAUCCAAAGGAUAUCAUUAGCGCCAACAAUGCCGAUCACACACGACAUCGCAGAGCUCUGGCCCAUGCCUUCUCCGCCAAAGGGCUACAGGCCCAGGAACCCGUGUUAAUCGCCUAUGUCGACAAGUUAAUCAGCAGACUGCACGAUGUGGCAGAGUCUCGACUGCCUGUUGAUAUGGUCAAAUGGUAUAACCUCACAACAUUCGACCUCAUCGGUGACCUGGCUUAUGGAGAGCCAUUCGGCGGCCUGGACUCAUCCCAAUAUCACCACUGGGUGUCUACGAUCUUUCAGUCGGUCCGCGCGCUCUCUUUCAUCAAGCUGAAGGACGUCUAUCCACUUGUCUUUUGGAUCUUGGUGCCCUGGUUCCCAAAGGGAUUGCAGGAAGCAAGAGAAAAGCAGUUGCAGCACAGCACCGAGACUGUCCAAAAACGGCUCCAGAGCAAAGUCGAUCGCGGUCAUGCGGACUUCAUGCAGUCCAUGCUGCGGCACCGGGGAGAAAAGGACGAACUGACCGACGAAGAGCUGGAGGCUAAUGCCAACAUUCUCAUCAUCGCCGGUAGCGAGACCACCGCCACCCUUCUCUCGGGCCUGACAUUCUGGCUACUUCGUAGUCCCGAAUGUCUGGAAAAGGUCGUCCAGGAAGUCAGAUCCACACUGGAAACAGAAGACGAUAUCACAUUCAAUAACGUCAGCAGCAAACUUCCCUACAUGCUGGCCUGCAUUGAAGAGGGCCUCCGAAUGUACCCCCCCGUCCCGACCGGACUCCUGCGCUGGACGCCCUCGUGGCCUGUCGAGAUAUCCGGCGUCCAGGUUGCGCCACACUCCAACGUCUGUGUCAACCAGUACAGCGCAUACUUGUCGCCUACGAACUUCCACAAACCCGAACGAUUCAUCCCCGAGCGUUGGCUACCGGAAGCAAAGACCGACCCGUCGUCCCCGUUUUUCGAUGACCAGCGCAAUGUCUUGCAGCCUUUCUCGAUCGGCCCUCGCAACUGCAUCGGCAAGAACCUGGCGUAUGCUGAGAUGCGUGUCAUGCUGGCAAGGGUGCUCUGGAACUUUGACCUCGAGCUGGCUCCGGAGUCCGCGACCUGGAGUGAGCAGAAGACGUACACUUUGUGGCAUAAACCGCCUCUUAUGUGUAAGCUUACGAAGAGAAAUGCUUGA